CAGAUAUGGAUUAAAAAGAGGGUGGAAGAGGAACAACUAACGGGCUCAAGAACAAGAAACAGUGAGCAGUCAGAGGAGAGGUGGCCAGAGGACUAAGAAGCCAACAGAAGUUCCAGAGAGGAGGAAAAGAAGAAGGAGUCCUGGUGCCUGACUUCUGCCGAGCCAAGAUGGGGGACUGGAGUUUCCUGGGAGAGUUCCUGGAAGAAGUACACAAGCACUCCACAGUGAUCGGCAAAGUCUGGCUCUCCGUACUCUUCAUCUUCCGCAUGCUGGUGCUGGGUGCGGCUGCAGAGUCUUCCUGGGGGGAUGAGCAGGCUGACUUCCAGUGUGACACGAUUCAGCCUGGUUGUGAGAAUGUCUGCUAUGACCAAGCCUUCCCCAUAUCCCACAUUCGCUAUUGGGUGCUGCAGAUCAUCUUCGUCUCCACACCGUCGCUGGUGUACAUGGGCCAUGCCGCGCACCAUGUGCGGAUGGAGGAGAAGCGGAGGUUACAGGAGGCUAAGGGGGCUAAAGAGGUACAGAGCCCUGGCUCUUAUGGGUACCCAGUGGUGGAGAAGACAGAGUUGUCCUGCUGGGAGGAAGUGAAUGGCAAGAUUAUCCUCCAGGGCACUCUGCUCAACACAUAUGUUUGCAGCAUCCUGAUCCGUACCACAAUGGAGGUGGCCUUCAUCGUGGGCCAGUACCUCCUAUACGGGAUCUUCCUGGACACCCUGCACGUCUGCCGCAGGAGUCCAUGCCCCCACCCUGUCAACUGUUAUGUAUCCCGGCCCACAGAGAAGAAUGUCUUCAUUGUCUUUAUGCUGGCUGUAGCCGUACUGUCCCUCUUCCUCAGUCUGGCUGAACUCUACCACCUGGGCUGGAAGAAGAUCAGACCGCAAUUUUCCAAGUCACGGCAGGGCACUGCUGAAUGUCAGCUUCCUGGUCCUUCUACUGGCAUAGUCCAGAGCUGUACACCUCCCCCUGACUUCAGUCAAUGCCUAGAGAAUGGUCCUGGGGAGAAAUUCUUCAAUCCUUUCAAUAACAAGAUGGCCUCCCAGCAAAACACAGACAACCUGGCCACUGAGCAGGUACGACGCCAGGAUCAGAUUCCUGGGGAAGGUUUCAUUCACAUCCAGUAUGCCCAGAAGCCUGAGGUACCCAAUGGAAUCUCCCCAGGUCACCACCUCCCCAAAGGCUACCAGAGAGACAAGCGUCGACUCAGCAAGGCCAGCAGCAAGACCAGCAGCAAGGCCAGGUCAGACGACCUAUCAGUGUGACCCUCCAAUGUGAGGGAACCAGGACCAGUUGGGAAUGAAGACAGCUCAGAAAGGGAAGCUGUGUCCCUUCUGACCCCACCUCUCUCAUUCUCAUCACUGUUCUGCUCCUUUUGGCAUUGCUCAUUUAUUACACAAGGUAUAAGCAGGGCUCUGUGAGUCAGAGACUUGUCUACCCACCAAGGCUGCUGUCUCUUCUCCAUCCUCUACCCAGUAUACUUAGUGAAGACUUUCAGAUUACUCAUUGAGCAGGGUGGAGUAAAAGAUGGGAACCAUGGAAAUAUCUGGCCUGGGAAGGAUAGGAUAAUUCUCUAUAUACCACAUACCAUAUGGAUUCUCUGAGUCCCUAUGACUUUCUUGACCUGAUUACCCUUCUUCCUGCAAGGAAGACCCCAAGCUUCCUAGUCAGUAAAGAGUAUGAAUCAAGGAACUUGCAUGAGAUGUGCUCUUGAAUCUGUUGUCUCCAUGGGCCAAACCUUGAAAAGGUGGUGAGAUUGACUUGGGCUCCCCUUGGCUGCCUCUCCUUCUACCCAGUCUUACUUAAAAACAUGUCCUUGGUACUUGACCGGCAGCCUUAACUUUACAAGUGCCUUGGUAUGUACGUCUGGGAAAUGUUCCACCUUGGUGACGCUGCAACAUAUCCUUCUGCCCUGGUAUACAAACCAGUCUAGGGAGGUACAAGCUCCCCUAGGGAGCCAUUGUACACAGACUCCACUGAAAUUCCUGCCAUGACCUGUCAACCUGUAGCUUUUUAUAGUUCAACCUGGAGAUAGAAACCAUUCCUUCCCUUCCUACCUUUACCCAGUACUCCGCCAAAGGGGGACUAUUUACCCAGUACUCCCCCAAAGACCUUAUUGACCAGGAUACCCAAGAAGCUGUUGUCUUCUCUCAGAUCUGGACCAGAUCGCCAGCCAGAGAGGCCAGUGGAAUUUCCUCAGGCCUUAUUAAAACAAAAAGGACAUUGUGUUUCUCAGAAGCCCCUUGGGAAAAAAUAAUUGUGCUGUGAAGAUGAAAAUUAAAGGGAGGUAAAAUACUGGAAAA